UUCAAACACUGUACAUUUCCGGUUGGAAGGGGGCUGAUCUACCGGCUUGAAAUAGUAGCUAAGUUUAUCGAGUUAAAUCUUAAAAACUAUUCGUUUUUUAAGUGCCAGAAACGAUGAAGACUUUUCUUGGAAAGUUUAUUUUAUUUCUUUUGUUGGUUUUACCAACAACGUUGAUGGUCUUUGAAAAUGGGCCUGGUAGUUUUAUUGUAAGGGCUGAUGAUGCGAUGGAAGGAGAAGUUGAUGCAGAAGAUGAUGAUGAGGCCACUGUGGAAGAUGACAGUGGACCAGAGGAAGGGGAUCAGGCUGUAAGAGAAACAGAACAGGGUGAAGAAGAAGAAGAGGAAGAAGAUACCCAGUUAAAACCAUCUGAGGACACUGAUGUUACCAUUCUUUUUACUAAACCUGUUGGCACUAAUGAUCUUCCCUCUGGCCAGGUUGUAAGGUUCAUGGUAGGAUUCAAGAACAAGGGAGAGAAAGACUUUGAAGUGAAAAGUUUAGAAACAUCCUUCAGAUAUCCACAAGAUUACUCCUUCUAUAUACAAAAUUUCACAGCGCUUACAUUGAACCAGAUGGUGGAGCCUAACAAAGAAGCAACCUUUGAGUACGGAUUCACCCCCAGUGAAGCAUUCAACUCGCGUCCAUUUGGUCUCACCAUCUUGCUCAACUACAAGGAUUCUGAAGGCAACGAGUUCCAGAAUGCUGUUUUCAACGAGACCAUAAAUGUUGUAGAACCAGAUGAGGGUUUGGAUGGUGAAACUUUCUUCUUGUAUGUCUUCCUUGUAGCUAUCCUUGUGCUAGGACUAGUUGGUGCCCAACAGCUUCUUACAUCAUUCGGAAAAAAGCGCUUGGGAAAGGGCAAAUCAGCCCCAAAGGUAGAGAUGGGAACCACGAAGACCGAUGUGGACUACAGUUGGCUCCCACAGGAAACUCUUCAAGGAAUGAGCAAGUCCCCAAAGGGUUCACCGAGGGGUGGCUCACCAAGGAAACGAAAAAGCAAGCGUGGGUCCGGCGAAGAAUAAUCUUCUGUCUGGAGACGAUUCAGGAGAAAGUGACGAGUUUUCCAGUGUCUAGAAUAUAUGCUAGUUACACCGAUAAACAGUACUUGAUAGAACUUUUCACAAGAAAACAUGUAAUUCUGAAAUGUCUGACUAGAGAACUAAUGGUUUAUGUGAUAUUUUAAUUUAGGGAAACAUAUUACUGAGAAUCAAUGGCUUUCAAUAUAUCAUAUCCUGUCUGGGAUGCUCUAUCACGAUUCUUUCACAAGUUUCUUUAGAUCAAAGUUUAAGAAUCAUUGACUUUGACAGUCAUUUGCCUUCACUUUGGUAAUUUCAAAUCCUGCCAGGGAUUUGGAUUCUUUAUUGUGAUAAAGCUACCCAGCUUUAACAGCAUAUUGGUUGUCUUCCACCACCAUUAAAGCUGUAAAGUGUCCAUAUGAUCUUAACCUUGUUUUGGUGACUGUGUGACUUAAACCCAAUUUGAAACAAGUUUGUGAAAUCUUUUGCAUAGGUAACAAAAAAAAAUUCUGAAACUCUGGAAAAAAUGUCUGGAAGAGAAAAGAAAUAAAUAAUUGUGGAUAUAUUAAGAAGGAAAGGUUAGCAAAACAGUUUUUAGUUGAAAUAUGUGAAAUUGAUUUUCAGUAAUAUAUUUUAGUAUGUAAAUAUAUUUUACAAUUGUACAAUUGUGAAUAAGUGCAGGGCGUGGUUUGUUUAAAAUCAUGUAUUAAUUAUUUUUGAAAAAGGGUUGUCUUGUGAAAGAAAUGGAAUCAAAUUCCGUAGAUUUUUAUUUUAUAUGAAAUUUUAUACAAGGUAGUAAAUAGGUAAAGAAAAGAACAGCGUUUUGUCAGUUUAUGCAAUUUAUGAAUGGGUCCACUUUAUGUAUGUUAAUUUUUGGUUCUAAGGUUUUUUUCAAUGUUAUCCAUGACUGGCCAAAUAAUUGUGUCUUUAGCAGGAGUUAUUUAUAUAUGUUCUGCAUAAUUAUUUUUUUGUUACUUUGGUGCUUAAUUACAUACUGCGUGGUAUGCAAGUGUCAAACGACCUCAAAUUUACAUUCCAUCAAGCUUUAUUCAUGUCAUAAAAGUGUGAUUAUAUGGCUCCCUAUGCAGGUUUAUCAUAAAUGUUGAUUCAAGAAAUGGUUUCAUCUACUUGCUAAGGGUACUUGUAUUGAAUUAUUUGUAGAGAAGAUGGUUUACUGAUGCAUUGAUCUACUUUAAGUACUACUGCAAUGAAUAUAUGAGGAUUGCGAUUCAGUUCGUAUCACAGUAAACUCUGCAAAACUUUAAAAAACAGUAUUUUAUUUGUAGAUUGUCUUUGUUAACAACCAAUAGAAAAAUAUGAAUCACUUUAUGAUUGAUUGAAAUGUACAAUUGGUGAUGGUUUUUAUUGUGUUUAAUACCAAAGUAUUUUGAUGUAUAGUUGUAUUUUAUACCUGUAAUGUUAUAGUUCUCUAGUCAGACAUGCAUAUCAAUAAACACUGCUCAAUCUAACAAAACCAAUAAGAUAUCUGAGACUUGUCUAUAUAUAUUGAUUUUAAUUGUUUAACUCAACUUCAUGUUUAAAGUGCUAGAAAAGAUUAUUUAUCGAUUUAUCUAUAUACACCAGUAUAAAGCAAUCCCAGCAUGCCUAAAAGUAAAGUCUGACCAGAUUGCUCAUUUUGAUAAUUGAGAUCCUUAUAACAAAAGAUUUAAGAGCAAGUCUGUAAGAUAAUUUGGUAUGCUGAAUAACAGAUAUAACCUUUCAGGACAAUGCACUCAUUAUUCGCCAUUUUGCAGAAAACUUUCAUUUAUAUUAUAGAACUCAAAUUUAUAGACCUGGAUUUGGUAGAAUCGACUGAAAUUCUACUUUUCUGUUGAGCUUUAUUGACCGGCUGGACUGUAAAAAAGAUUUCUUGUAAUUAUGUUAUUUAAAGAGUGUGUGUUAUUUAUUUAUAAUGAAUAGGAAGUGCAAUACAGCAGGCUGGAUAUAGAUAUUAUGAUAUAAUAUAUAUGCAUUUAUUGAUGGUUAACAGCGGUGAUAUUUCAAUUUGUAAAGAAAUUUAUACAUUGUUGCUAACAUGAGGACAUUUCUCUUUUGUUUUUCAUUCUCCUAAAUCAUGUUCGAAAGUUCAAUAAAAGAUGAAAUAAAUUAAAAGAAAA